AUGGCUGCCAAUAAAAUUGCUGCUGAUGAAGGAUCUGUUAUCGAUCCACCUACCCAUCGUGAAGUUAAUCCGGAAGAAAAAUUCGAAAACUCUGUCUUGCUUUUGGGUGUCCCGGAGUUCUCAGCACCCGAGUCUGACUCCAAUGCUGAUGAUGCAACUGCUCACGACCUUGCUGCAAUCAACAAAUGUUUGGACUCCAUAAGAUGCCGUAAAAAAGUUGAAGUGGUCUCUUUGGUUCGGUUGGGAAAAAGAGACGAUGCGGACCCGCGACCUCUUCUACUCGGGCUGGGAACGCAUCGGAAGGCCUGCUGGAUCGUCGAUAAAGCAAGAAAUUCUUCGGACAAGCUUGGUGGUAUUCGCAUCAUUCAGGCGGAGACCAAAAUGCAAUUUGCUAUCAGACGCAUUAAUCACUGGAUUUGCAAUGAGUUGAAGAAGGACAACGGAAAAAAGGACUUCUGCAUUCAUGGAAACGAAAUUUGCAAUGGAACGCUGGAAUCGAAGAAAAAACCAACGCCAAUCGCCGAGGAGAUCUGGCACCAAUAUUUUGUACGUUUCCUUUAUACUUUGUCUUUGCACAAAUUAGAAGAACUUUUGCUCACUGCUUCCAGCUCAAUUAAUUUUAAUUUGAAAAAUAAUAUACUAAAAAUUUUUAAUACCAAAACUUAUAAUAAAACCCAUACAACUACAAUCCAAUACAACUGUCUACUUUUAAACUUCUGCAGCUUGAAGAGCAAAUUAGAUAAACAUAAAGAGCUUCUGCAUGGCAAGAAGUUCGACAUGAUAUUUGUCACUGAAACGUGGCUUAAAGAAAGUGACGAAGACGACUAUAUUCUUUUAAAUUCUGAUUACACGGUCCACCGUGCCGAUCGUAAGAAGAAAAGGGGAGGCGGUUGUGCCAUAUUCGUAAAGAACGGAAUCCCCGUAUCGAACGUAAGGAAUGUAGACAAUCACUAUAAUCUCAGUUGUUUCGACCUCUUGUCACCCGAUAACAGCAUUUACUUGCGAGUUAUUUUGGUCUAUCGUCCACCGUCGCUGAAAGCUGAAUAUAAUCGUCGAAUGAUCGCUAGAAUUUACGGCCUGUGCUUUGAUAGCCGUAGAGUUGUCGUUUUAGGUGACUUUAAUUUUCCGUCAAUCGAUUGGUCUCAGCACUCCUGGAAGCAUGCUCAGGAGCGUGAAUUCGUUAACUUUGCGAAGAACCUCAACCUCGGCCAAAAAGUACUUAAAUCGACUCGAAAAGAACAUAUCAUUGACCUGGUAUUGGCGGAUUUCAAUCUCCCGGAAGAUGUCGUUGUUUCUGAUUCUCACGUUGGCAGUGACCAUAGGUCUGUGCAGUUUAAGCUUCCGUUUUCCUCAAUGUUAGACAGUGUUUCCUACUCUCAUCGAAAUUUUCACGAGGCUGACUGGCCGAAAAUUGAGAGCGUCUUGGCCAAAGCUGAUUGGGAUGGUAUGCUUCGCGUUGACCCGUCGCUGUCGCCUCAAGAAAAUAUUGAUCGGCUCUACGCGACUUUCUCUCUUUUCCUACUCAGUGUAAUAGCAAAAUUUGUUCCAGUGUCGCCUUCCGAAGAUACAUCUGAACUGAUUGAUAAGCGUGGAAAAAUUUUCUCCGAGUUCUGUAAAUUUCCCCCAGCUGAACAGGAUUGCAUUUCCACGUCUGAACAACUCGACGGAUUGCUUCUUGAAUACGCGAAAUCCCAGUCGGAAGAAAAUGAAAAGAAAAUUUUCGAUGCAUCUGUUAUUGCCGGUGACGCAGUUCCUACCCUAAGUGGAAACCCCAUCUCUACAAGCGAUCAAAAAGCUAAAGCGUUCGCAGAUUAUUACUCCACAAAAUGUAAUAAUAAUGAUGAUCGUGCCGCAAGUUUCGCUUACGUCCCAAGGCGCACCAAUCGAAUUUGUAUUAAUGCAGUAACUCCCGAAUAUGUUUUCGAUGUUCUGUCUGUAACACCUUUCAAAUCCGACACUACAGGGUCUUACAAAAAACGUGAAGGAAAGUGGAAGGUCAUAACUUCCGGCGGAGGCGGCGCAGAGACUUCGUAUUUGAAAUGUGUAUUUUUAAAAGACAUAAGUUUUUGUCUAUGA